CAGGAGCCCAACCUUCUGGUGCUGCAAAUCAUCUUGAAGGUCCUGCUCCCCUGGACUACAUCCAAGGAGGUGCAUGAGCGGCUGAGGGCAGUGGGAAGGAUCACCUGGCUUAUGGAAUUCAUGGGGUCUCAGUGCAAAUUCCAGGAAGUGGAGGAGUUCAGCGUCCUGGGCCAGCUGGUGGGGUGUCUCACUCUGUGCUGUGCGGAGCUGGAGCAGGAGAUCUGGCAAUUGGCUGUGGAGGGCCUUCACCACGUCUACUCCUUCAUGCUGCAGCUAAAAUCCAAAAUGCCGGUGAAUCACGGUGCAGAGUAUCGGCAGCUCCUCCACGACAGUCAAACUGAGAGAGCCUUCUGGGUCACCAACAUCAGCAAUAUCACAUCGAUUUUUGGGGAGUACUUCGACACGUCUGAGUGCAUGGACUUCCUCCUCGUUGCUCUCAACGGCAUGAGAGACUCCAGCAUCCAUGACGCACUGACGGCCACGAAGAUGCUGCAUACGAUCCUGGAGGUUCCCGGCCUCAGCUUGGGGAGGGUGUCAGAGGCUGUGAAGAACAUUUAUAACCACCUGGACUCCAUCAGCACGCCACUUGCCCGGCAGGAGCUGCACAGGGCCCUUCUCCUGCUGGGCUACCGGUUCAGCAAGGAGGUGGUCGGAACCCUGCUGGGCUGCUCACUGUCAUGUGACAGUGUUGCUGCGGAGAUGUGGAAGAUGCUGACAUCCCAGCCCAAGACCACAAGAAAGAUCCUUGGGGAGCUGGUCAGCAUGCUGCAGGAGCCGGCUCGGCGAAAGCAUCAGCUCUCUGAGAGACCGGCUGGCGUCCCCCCCUUGGCCCUGCAGGCCACAAGAGCCCUGUAUGUGAUCCUGCAGGAGCAGGCCUGCAGGCAGGAGGUGAAGGAGCUCUUCCCUCAGCUCUACGUCGCGCUGCUCUUCCACGUCACCCACACAGUGCAGUACACUGCUUCGCAGGAGAGGGAGCAUAACCAGGAGGACACGGCCGCACCCCUCAGCCCCGUCAGGUUCGCGGUGAAGGCCAUGGAAGCUUUGCUUCUAUGCGCUGGCUACAAGGAGCAGGUCACCUUCAUGAUGAGGCAUGGCCGCUGGGACCUGCUCAUGAGCUCCGACACGCACCACAAAGGCGUCUGCCUGCUUGGCCGGGCCAUGGUUUCGCUCAAUUUCCAGGAGCGAAACUGGAUUUUCCACCAUCUCAUGGCCAUCCUCAACGAUCGGGACGAUAGGCGGUACGUCCCGGCCGUGGCGCUCUUCAUUCAGCUCCUCCAGGGCCCUGACCUUGACAACGAGCUGGAAGACGCCAUCGUGGAGGAGAUGAGCAGGCUGCUGAGAGACCCCAAGACCGUGGUGCGCUGGUUGGCGCUCAAAGGCCUCCUCAAUCUGGCCCUUCUCCCAGAGAAGGUGGGGAAACUCCAGCGUCUGCUGCCAGAUGUCCUGGAGCGACUCCAGGAGGUAGACAGAGACCUCAUCCGCAAGGCCAUCGCCGUGCUGAAACACCUCCUCGCCGGCAUGGACAGGCAGAGCGCCAGCUGCGCGGCUGUGCAAGUGGCUGAGCAACUCCUGCCGUUGUUUGAUGACGUGACCAGCAAGCUCCGGGUGCUCUCCAUCACCCUUUUUAAAGACCUGCUGGAGUUUGUAAGAUGGCCCGACCGGAGCGAGAUGAAGGAGCAUGUGCUCCAGAGCCUGGUCCCAAUGCUCCUCCUUGUGCAUGAUGAGCGUCCCAACGUGUCCCAGGUGUGUUGGGACACCCUCAGCAGUGCCGCCCAAUUCCUGAGGUGGCACCAGCUCAGUGGCCUCAUCCAGCACAAGGAAACCUGGCGAAUCUGUGACUGCCUGGUGACGCGCUACAACGGGAGAGCUGAUGACUUCCUGUGCCAGACCAUGGCCUUCCUGCAGAACCCACAGACUCCAGUUAGGGAAGCAGCCAUCAGGUUCCUAGGGCUCACUUCCCGGCAGCUGGACCAGGGGAGCCAGGACAAGCUGGACGCCAUCUGCGACAACCUCAAAGGCUUGCAGCAGGACAGCAUGUCCUCAGUCCGAUGCCUGGCUUCUCAGACCAUCUUCAUCCUGGAGGCCUUCAAGAACCAGCCUCCAGCCUGCUGCAGCCUAUGGACAUUGGUCCAUAGGAUAACAAGAAUGUGCACUGCGGAGAGCCCGCUCAUUGAAGCUGCCCAGCUGCCCUAGCUCUGGGAACAGCCAGCCUCCCUUCUCUGGGGGCUUGGUGCAUCAGAGCCCACCUGGAGCAAGGUGGAACACACGGCUUCUUCCCAAUUGGCUGCCUGCCCUGCCCAGCCAUGUGAGUAGUUAACUGCUCGAUAGCUUUCAUCAUCAUGUACUUUUUGACAGGUUUCCAUGCACCGUGUUGCAUUUACGUCCUGCCCUCCGUCCCCAUUUCCAGUCGUGUACGUUUUUGAUGCCGUUGGCCAUUUUGAAAAUUUAUUUUGUAUUAUUUUUCUGUGUUUGGCUGGGGGAAGGUUGUGUGCUUGUGUUUUGACAUAUUUAGAGAAAAAGUACGAAUGAGUAGAAAGAGAGGCUGUAAAGGGUUUGCAGUCCCCCCCCCAGCCCCCACCGUCCGUCCAUCUGGGUGGGAGACCACACCCCUUCCUAUGAUACUUCCGGGUACGUUGGUUCAGGGGAAAAUUAGCUC